CAGCUCUACAUGUGACUUUGGCUUCCGUUGCUCUCUUGCUUCCGCAAAUACAUAUAGACACUUCUGCACCCUAGCAGAGCACAUUUGUUAGUCCGAGGCGAGGAAGCGGCUAAAUUUUCUCCAUCAACUUCAGAUGUAGUGAUGGUGUGCAGUGAGGCAGGAGCACACCAACCAAACCACCGCGUGAGCAUGAAAAGAUGCCGGGCAUUAGAGUCUUUCUCUACUUUGGCUUGGUGGCUGUUCUACCAGUUCUUUGCUAUCCUCACACCCCCUGCACACUGACUCAAAAGACGGCUAUAUGUAACAACCUCCAACUCUCUUCUGUUCCCAGCAACUUGCCACAGCAAAUAGAAGAGCUUUUUUUAAAUCAGAACAUUAUUUCAAAAUUACAGAACGGAUGUCUCUCAAGCUAUCCUUUCCUUCGCACAUUGAGCUGUGCAAACUGUUAUUUAAAAGCCGUAGAUGUGCAAGUGUUCUCCAGGUCACAUUGGAUAGAGACCCUCAAUUUUGCCAGCAAUGAACUUCACAACGACUACAAGCUGCUUUCCCAGGCUCUUGGUUUGUUGACCAAUUUGCGAUUUCUGGAUUUUUCUGCCAAUGGGCUCACAGAGGACAUGGUUUCUGAGCUCUUACAUAAUCUCACAUCGCUUGAGUUCCUAGAUUUGUCGAGGAAUGCUCUUCUGCGAUUGGACGAGUACACAUUUCAAGAUCUUCAUCAACUCAAAGAACUGAAUCUAGAAAGGAAUAACUUGUUUGAGAUUGAUGGGGCAUUUGACAAGUUAAAAAAGCUCAGGCGGCUUAAUCUGGCAUUCAAUUCUUUGCCAUGCCUCGUGAAAUUUGAUAUGACCCAGUUAGUGGUACUUAAUGCCAGUCACAAUCUCAUUGAAUGGUUCAUAACGAAUCAGGACAUCACAGACACCUUUGAGCUGGAGACGCUGGACUUGACUGAUAAUCGGCUCCUGUAUUUUCCAUUCCUUCCAACCUACAAUCGCAUUAAAACGCUGUUAUUACCCAAUAACCAUAUUGGCUUUUACAGUCAUCUCUCACAGAAUACCUCUUUAAACUGGACCAAUACCAUUGAGUUCUACAAUUUGGGUGGAAAUGCCAGCAAUGUUACAGCAGAACUUUGGAACGAUGACCUUUAUGGAGAUAUAUCUUCUGUGGAAUUUCUGGAUCUCAGUGUUAAUCAGGUGAGAUACUUCCCUCAGGGAUUUCUUCAGAAAAUGCCUCAUCUUUACUGGCUUAGAAUGAGGAGCAACUGCUUAGAAUCACUGAAUCUAACAGGAGACUAUCUUCCUGUAACAGUAUAUGAGCUGGAUGUGAGCAACAACAGACUCACUGAACUGCAUGCACACUCCAGCUCAGUCAGUGAACUGAAUAACCUUACACAUUUGAACCUGAGUUUAAACAACAUACAGAAGCUUCCUCCUCGACUGUUCACUACUUUACCCCGGCUCAGCUUCGUGGACCUCAGUUAUAACACAGUGGGAAUGUGUCAUCCCAAAGAGCUACCCAACUUAAACUCAUCAGCCUGUGCUCUUUGGACACCUUUGCCCUCAUUAAAACAGCUCCACAUUGCUGGGUGCAACUUAAUCAAUAUUCCACCAUCAGCGUUCGAUGGCACGCAACUAACACAUCUUGACCUAUCCCACAACCCAGACCUGCACUUUAGCCAAGACUGUUUAUCAGGUCUCAGUGGGACUCUACAGCACCUAGGCCUGAGCAACACAGGUUUGCAGGACUUUAACUUUUCUCCAUUUAGACAGUUAAAAUCUUUGAACAUCUCCAAAAACUCCAUAUCAGAGCUUCCUGCAUCUCUAAUGACACUGAACUUAAAGCUCCUGGACUUGAGGGACAACAGGUUGCCCACGAUUAAACCAGAACAUGCCACUGUGCUAGCUAAACGAGUGCAGAUUGUUUAUAUGAAUGGGAACUAUUUCAAUUGCUGCCAGUUAGAGUGGUACAGGACAUUUGAAGAGUCCAAAAUCCUCCAUGUUGCUGAUCUUUUAGAGAUCACAUGUGUAGACCUACACCAGCAGAGAAAAAAAGCUGGUGUUUUUGAUUCUGUCCUUUGUGGGGGUAAAAGCAGAGAGGAGUCUAUUUUCUGGUACAUUUUGUUAUUUUUAUCUGUUGGUGUGUCCAUGGUGGGUGUCUCUGUCAUUUAUUUCCUGACUUUCAGACCAAGACUACUGCCACGUGUAAUUAAGAAGAAAUGCUGGAAGCCUACAACAUAUUAAAAAGCAACUAUAAAAAAUAAAAAAAAAACAGGUAUAAAUGUAAAAAAAUAAAAUAAAUCUACAGAUACUGAAGUAGUCUCACAUUACUCUAAGGAGCAAAAAAGUCAGCCUUUUUAAUUUUUUUUGCAACCAAUUCAAGUGUCUUGUUAAAUAAGACACAGAUGUACAUGAUUCUCAACUUUUGUAAGAGACUUUGUCAGAGUUCAUUAUGUCAGAUUUAAUUUCAUUUACAAACCAAAUGUAAUGAUUACAGAUCACCUGUUGGGAAAUUCUGUAAAUCCAUAAAAGAAAGAACUGGAUAUUUUGGCGCAAAACAACAUUAAUAUUUCAGAAAUGUUUAAACAGUAGCAAUCAGAGAGCUGUUUUGUGCUUAUUAUUUUCUGGUACUUGAAUUGAAUUAAGCUUUUAUGGCAUUGUUUUCUUCUACUACACUUAUAAUUAAUUUCAGGAAGUACAGCUUGGCUUUCGGUUUGACUUUUCAUGUUUUGUUGUUCAGAUAAUUCUGAACAGGUUGGGGGGGUUAUUCAAUAAUUUAAUGCACAUUUUUUAAAAGUUCAUUUUUCAAAUCAUACAUCUUUUAUAAUACUCUACCAUGAACAAGCUUCAGUCUUAGCCUAAGUAAAUAACAUUAAGUAAAAAUACAUGGACUGAUUCAAGAUUGAUGUUUUAUUACAGAGAGAGAGAGAGAGAGAAAAAAAAGAGAAUAAAACUAUGAAACUACAAUGAAAGCAAUUUCCAAGUAGUUUGGAUGAUGGUGUGUUUUUAAUUCUUUUGUUAAAUUCCUAAUUCUUAUGUUAAAGGUUUUAGACUUUCACUGCAGUUUUUGCGAGCAAUGAUAUGUAAAUAUUUUUCCAUUUAAUGUUUGUACAUGACCUGAGAUAAUAGUGUAUAUAAUAAAUUUGUACACAUACA